AUGAGGUGGGCCGCUAUGAAUGGCAAUAACUCUCCAGUCAUAGAUUUGGCAGAUAGCUAUCUCUUUCUCGAGGCAGACAGCAUGGUGGAGAGUACGGAUCCAUCACAUCAGGAAACCAAGCUGAAUCUUGGAGAGCCGAGAGAUGAGGAAGCCGGAAAUCCACUUCCCUCCCAAGACUUGGACUGCUCGGACUGCUCUUCUGCCGAAGCUCGAGCAUGGGAAGAACUUUGGGAUAGAGUGUCUUUUGCUUCAGACCGAAACGCCCAGUAUCCGCUGCCUGAGCUACACCAGAGUAGGAUCAGUGAUAGGGAGCUGGUCUUUGUGAAGCCAGGCUCUAAUACCGAUCAAGUGGCUUUACAUACCCUGAAUAUGUCUCAUAUACUUACCAGUGAAACAAGUGAAUGCUGGCUUGAAGCAUCUGGAGAGAAUAAAGAGGGGAAAGAGGGAGGAGUAAAGCGGAGAAAGAAAGAGGAAAGUGAGGCCCUCCUGACGACUCAGCAACAAGCAUCACCAUUACCUUCUUCUCUAGCUUCUUUGGCACUCCUAUCUUCUCUACCUCACACAGCUUGCUGUCAGAGCCCUUUGAACCUCCCCAGUGCCCUUCGUACCUCCGAUCCCAUCAGAAUCCGUCGCCCGAAGAAGGUUCUCAUUCAGCUUGACACCAGAACCAUCGUGACUCCCUCAUCCGACUGCCGAAUUGAUUCCAAAAGCAUCAGCAGUUCGGAGGAUACUUUCAUCGAGUCUGCUAUUUUGAAUCCACGUUCCCCUCCGCAGAGAGAUACCAUGUCUGCCUUUGAUUCGUCUACACCUGGCUCACGCCGGAUCAAUAUCAACAAAGCUGAGAAGCACUGGAAGCUGUCAACUUCGACCGCCUCCGAAUCUCCCUCCCCCCCUGCUUUACAGAAACCUGGUGAUAACAGUGGUGGUGGCCGCCUGUGCAAAGACAACGAGACUCCCAAGCUCGCUUCUCAGGUGGCUCCGGCGACGGCUGUCGAGUUCAACAAGCCCCUUCACCCGGCACGGUACAAGACCAGGCAGCGUUCUUUCCUGAGCGACAGUGAGAUCAGCUUUCUGGACCUUGGCCCAAGCUUGGCUUCCAAACGUUCCAAGGACGACAUGGCCUCUUCUGGUGCCUAUACCUCUUCCUUUGGCCAGGAUAGCGAUGUCGUCGACACUGAGCCGGAAGACAACGACUCCGUUGCCAUCACCUCCGAUACCAUGUCCUUUACUCAUGAACACAUCCUUGCGAACCGUCGGCGCCGUAUGGAGGUUGUCGGUCGUGGUGGUAGCAAUGUGUUACAGAGCCCUCAGCUGGACUUUGAGAGCCAGGAUACCAGGAUUCGCCCUCUUUCUGCACCGUCGCUUUCGCCGCUGGGAGCCACGGGACUCCAGGGUCGUCCGUCCUAUAACAGAGCGAACACUUCUUUCCGAGGCAUGGACAAAGAUUUUAUGCUCGAUGAGAACAGUCUGAAUUAG